CUACGUAUGUAUUUAUCGAUUUGUGAGUCAGUCGUGCUGACAGUUUACGCGAUAAGGAUAAUAAUUCAAGUCCAGUGCUUGCGAACCGUGACAUUAUAAUUUGCUUAAAGCUCCGAAUUGCUUUUAUUCCCAACAGGUGGUGGCGUAUAUAUAGUAAUUAAUGGUUUAUUAUUCAGUCACCAAACCCUCACUACUUGCAGAUGCUUAAGUAAUAGCUAAUCAAAAUCUGUUGCAAUCGUAUAUAUAGAUGAGUAAUUACUCAUUAUUCUCUCUGCCUGAUAAUGAUGACUUAACUUUAUCUAAAGAACGGUAUUAUGGGAAAUUUUACAAACUUAUCUUUGGCCAUACAUUAUGCUCAUUUAUAACCCUUAAGAAUUUGAUUUGGUAGUCAGACAAAAUAAAAUAUUUCAAUUAUUUAUUUAUAUUUUUUAAUUAUUUCCCCUUAACAACAAUUAUUCACAAUUUGAAAAUGACUGACCUAGGGUUACAGAAUUUACCCCACUUCAUUCAAUUAUUUUAGAUCUUGAUGGGAAUUACCCUCCCAGUCAUAACAAUUCAAUCAUUUUCAUCAGUUUUGGUUUCACGUGCAGCCAUUAAAUACCAUUUGACCACGAAUUUCACAAGCAGACGGAACUCACCGUUACUCUUAAGAAUUUUAUACAUGUUCAAUAUAUUGAUAAACAAGCAUUAUCAGUUGAUAAGGCACCACUCUGGCCAGGAGGGCAUUCUAAUAUAAGCCCAAACCCGCUGCUAUAUUCUAAUAGUCUGUUUUAGUCUGCACUGCCAUCAGGUCUUUUUUGGCCCAUGUGAUUCUAACAGCCCAUACGGAUUGAUAUAUUGUGAUACUUAGUCUUAACCUUCGAAGUAUAUAUACACGAUGACCGUUAAGAACGGCGACAUCGUCAAGGACGAUGUGAAUUCGCGAUCGCAGUACAAAACAAAUAUUGUCCUCAGCAGCAAAUUUGAGGAUUCGGAAAAAGACCGAAAGAGCUUUGAACCCAACAAAUCGAAAAAGAAGUCGAAGCAUGACGAGGCGGAUGCGAGCGAUGAGGAGGAUGGCUUCCGCUAUAAGGAGGAAGUCAAGCAGGUUAGCUACUUUCAGCUCUUCCGGUAUGCCACCAACAAGGAUCGUGGACUCUACUUGAUCGGAAUACUGUCAGCUGUGGCCACAGGCUUGACCACUCCAGCCAACAGUUUGAUCUUCGGCAAUUUGGCUAAUGACAUGAUCGAUUUGGGUGGUUUGGCAGCAGGGGGAAAAUCUUAUAGAGCUGAUGAUGAUGCUGGAACUAUGCUAUUGGACAAAGUGAGAGAGUUCUCCCUGCAGAACACGUACAUCGGCAUCAUAAUGUUGGUGUGCUCAUAUCUCUCGAUCACCUGCUUCAACUAUGCGGCCCACUCCCAAAUCCUAACCAUCCGCUCAAAGUUCUUCCGCUCUAUUCUUCAUCAGGACAUGAAGUGGUACGAUUUCAACCAGAGUGGUGAAGUGGCCAGCCGAAUGAAUGAAGAUCUUUCCAAGAUGGAAGAUGGACUUGCUGAAAAAGUAGUAAUGUUCAUUCAUUACUUAGUUUCUUUCGUUGGAUCUUUAGUCUUAGCCUUUAUCAAGGGCUGGCAGCUAUCGCUAGUGUGUUUGACCAGUCUUCCCCUGACUUUUAUUGCCAUGGGUCUGGUAUCCGUUGCUACAUCCCGACUUGCCAAAAAGGAGGUGACGAUGUACGCUGGAGCAGCCGUGGUAGCUGAAGGUGCUCUAUCUGGCAUUCGGACAGUGAAAGCAUUUGAGGGGGAAGGAAAGGAAGUAGCCGCCUACAAGGAAAGUGUGGUUGCCGCCAAGUUCCUUAACAUCAAGAGGAAUAUGUUCUCCGGAAUCGGUUUCGGUUUGCUUUGGUUCUUCAUCUACGCAUCAUACGCUCUGGCCUUCUGGUAUGGAGUUGGUCUGGUGUUAAAGGGAUACAAAGAUCCGGCAUAUGAGAACUACGAUGCCGGUACCAUGAUUACCGUAUUCUUCUCAGUGAUGAUGGGUUCCAUGAAUAUUGGUAUGGCUGCUCCCUAUAUAGAAGCCUUUGGAAUCGCAAAGGGAGCAUGUGCCAAAGUCUUCCACAUCAUCGAACAGAUCCCCACCAUUAAUCCCAUUGAUGCUCAGGGUAAAAAGUUAAAUGAGCCCCUUACUACUAUUGAAUUCAAAGAGGUAGAGUUCCAGUAUCCAACGCGACCAGAGAUUCCCAUUUUAAACAGAUUAAAUCUGAAAAUUCAUCGCGGCCAGACGGUCGCCCUGGUGGGUCCCUCAGGCUGUGGCAAGUCCACCUGCAUCCAGCUGGUGCAGCGUUUCUAUGAUCCCCAGGCUGGAAAUCUCUACUUCAAUGGCACCAAUAUUAAGGAUAUUGAUAUUAACUGGCUGCGCUCUAGGAUUGGAGUGGUGGGUCAGGAACCAGUCCUUUUUGGCACUUCCAUUUACGAAAAUAUCAGAUAUGGCCGAGAGGAUGCAACCCGUGAAGAUAUCGAGGCAGCUGCUGCCGCCGCCAAUGCUGCCAUUUUCAUUAAAAAGCUACCCAGAGGAUAUGACACCCUGGUGGGUGAGCGCGGAGCUCAGCUGUCUGGAGGUCAGAAGCAAAGAAUUGCAAUUGCUCGAGCGCUUAUCCGAGACCCUGAGAUCCUGCUACUGGAUGAAGCCACCUCUGCUCUGGAUACCGCCAGUGAGGCCAAGGUACAAGCUGCUCUGGAGAAAGUAAGCGCUGGAAGAACCACCAUUAUAGUUGCUCAUCGUUUGUCCACCGUUCGUCGGGCAGAUAGGAUUGUGGUGAUUAACAAGGGAGAGGUCGUGGAAAGUGGAACGCAUCAGGAGUUGAUGGGACUGAAGGAUCACUACUAUAACCUAGUAACUACCCAAUUGGGUGACGAUGAUGGUUCAGUCUUGAGUCCCACUGGCGACAUUUACAAGAACUUUGACAUCAAGGAUGAGGAUGACGAGGAAAUCAAAGUACUUCACGAGGAUGAGGACGAAGAGGAGGUCGUGUCAGAUAAGAAAAAGAAAAAGAAGAAGGUCAAGAACCCCAACGAGAUUAAACCCAUGAAUGAGGUAAUGAAGAUGAGCAAACCGGAGUGGUUGCAGAUCACAGUGGGCUGCAUCUCCUCUGUGAUCAUGGGCUGCGCCAUGCCCAUCUUUGCCGUACUCUUUGGCAGCAUCCUGCAGGUUCUUUCGGUUAAGGAUAACGAUGAAUAUGUGCGCGAAAACUCCAACCAGUACAGUUUGUACUUCCUGAUUGCUGGAAUCGUAGUGGGCAUUGCCACUUUCUUCCAGAUUUACUUCUUUGGAAUCGCCGGAGAGAGACUGACGGAACGUCUCCGUGGACUUAUGUUUGAGACGAUGUUGCGACAGGAGGUUGCAUGGUUCGAUGAUAAGGCCAAUGGUACCGGAAGUUUAUGUGCUCGACUCUCUGGAGAUGCUGCAGCAGUUCAGGGUGCCACUGGUCAGCGAAUUGGAACCAUCAUUCAAUCGAUUUCUACUCUCGCCCUUGGUAUCGGUUUGUCCAUGUACUACGAAUGGAGCCUGGGAUUGGUGGCCCUGGCCUUUACUCCUUUCAUCCUAAUCGCCUUCUACAUGCAACGUACUCUCAUGGCAAAGGAGAACAUGGGAUCCGCCAAGACCAUGGAGAAUUGCACCAAACUGGCUGUUGAAGUGGUUUCCAACAUUCGUACUGUGGCAUCUUUGGGCCGUGAGGAAAUGUUCCACCAGACUUACAUUGGCAUGCUGAUUCCUGCUGUUAAGAUAUCCAAGAGGAACACCCACUAUCGAGGAAUGGUCUACGGUCUUGCCCGUUCCCUGAUGUUCUUUGCCUAUGCCGCCUGCAUGUACUAUGGUACCUGGUGUGUGAUCAACCGCGGAAUCGAGUUCGGCGAUGUGUUUAAGGUAUCCCAAGCUCUGAUCAUGGGAACAGCUUCCAUUGCCAACGCCUUGGCCUUUGCUCCUAACAUGCAAAAGGGUAUCACGGCAGCUAAGACCAUCUUUACGUUCCUUCGCCGCCAGCCGAUGGUUGUGGAUCGACCAGGAGUUUCUCGAGCUCCCUGGCACUGCGAGGGAAGCGUCCAUUAUGACAAGGUGGAGUUCAGCUACCCAACGCGUCGAGAGAUUCAGGUGCUUAAGGGCUUGAACCUAAGCGUUGGCAAGGGUCAGAAGGUAGCUCUAGUGGGUCCUUCCGGAUGUGGCAAGUCUACUUGCAUCCAGCUCAUUCAGCGGUUCUACGACGUUGAUGAAGGAGCCACUCUUAUUGAUAAACAUGAUGUCCGCGACGUUUCGAUGUCAAAUCUGCGCAAUCAAUUGGGAAUUGUAUCCCAAGAGCCAAUCCUCUUUGAUCGCACAAUUAGGGAAAAUGUUUCUUACGGUGAUAACUCAAGGAAUGUGACCGAUCAGGAGAUCAUUUCGGCCUGCAAAAAGUCGAAUAUCCACGACUUCAUCUCCAACCUACCAUUGGGCUAUGAUACGAGAAUGGGUGAGAAGGGUGCCCAGUUGUCUGGAGGUCAAAAGCAGCGUAUUGCUAUUGCAAGAGCCCUCAUCCGUAAUCCCAAGAUCAUGCUGCUCGACGAGGCCACCUCUGCCUUGGACGCUGAAAGUGAAAAGGUUGUCCAAGAUGCACUUGAUGCUGCCUCUGAGGGUCGAACUACGAUCAGCAUAGCCCAUCGACUAUCCACUGUCGUGCACUCGGACGUCAUAUUUGUUUUAGAGAAUGGAGUAGUUUGUGAAACCGGAGAUCACAAACAACUGCUCGCGAAACGAGGACUCUACUACACGCUCUACAAACUUCAGAGCGGAGCCAUGUAGAGCUACAACAUUAUUGUAGGCAAUUAUUUAACUUAGUCAAUUGCGAACAACGACACUGUUUAGUAUUUGUACAAAAACUCCAUAGUUAAGCUAAACUAAGAUUAUUUAUCACCACUAAUUAUUUAAUAACUUCCAGAAUUUAUGAAUGAAUUUUAAUUUGAACU